AUGCAGAAACUUCUACGCGUUGUUGCCUACAUGACAAGGUGGCUGAAGUCACAUAGACAUCGUAUCCAGGAACCCGUGAUCGGAGCGGAUGAGCUCGAUGACGCCCUACAACGCCUUAUACGAAUAGAACAAGCGAUGUGCUUCCCUCAAGACAUCCAGCAACUACACAAGAAAGCUCCAUUGGGGAGUGGAAGCCCGUUACUGUCACUAAAUCCUUACUUAGACGACAAGGAUUUACUUCGAGUCGGAGGCCGGCUCACUCACUUUUCGCUGCCACAUGAGCAGAAAUUCCCGCUCGUCCUACCGAAGAUAGGACAUCUCGUAGGGUUGCUGUUGGACCACACUCACGAGAUCACCAUGCAUGGUGGAGCACAACUGAUGCUUCAGACACUACGCCAUAAGUAUUGGAUACUUCAGGGCCGACAAGCGGUUAGAACAUUCGUCCACAAAUGCGUUAUCUGUCGAAGAUAUCGUGGGACAUUAAUAAAGCAACAGAUGGCCUCAUUGCCCAGUCAACGAGUCAAUGAGGCAAGACCCUUCCUAUCGUCCGGGGUAGAUUACUGUGGACCAUUCAUCCUACGCGUGGGAACCAAACGAUCCCGCACCACUACAAAGGGAUACCUGGCGAUAUUUGUAUGCAUGGCUACCAAAACCGUGCAUUUAGAGGUCAUAGAGGACCUCUCUUCACAAGCUUUCUUGGAUGCUUUCACCCGUUUUACCGGCAGGCGUGGACCCUGCCCCGAUCUCUACAGCGAUAAUGGGACUGCCUUUGUGGGGGCCAACCGGCUCAUGAAGGAAGACCUGGCUCUUUUUGAGUCUCAUUACAAUCAGCAAGCCUUGGCGCAUGCAGGUACGAGAUGGCACUUUAUCACGCCAGGUGCUCCACAUCAAGGUGGCUUAUGGGAAGCCGCCGUCAAAUCCGCCAAACACCACUUGAUCCGCCUGGUGGGAUCUCAGUCGCUUUGGCAUCAUCAGCUGCACACCUUGGCAGUUCGUAUCGAAGCAUGUCUUAACUCUCGUCCAUUGGUUCCCCUACAUGACGAUCCUGAGGACAAACUGGCCCUCACUCCUGGAGACUUCUUGAUCGGAGCACCACUGAUAGCAGUACCAGAGCCCCGCAUCGAUGAUAUACCAAUCAACCACCAAGACUUUUGGCCGGGCAGGAUGUUCGGUCAAUCACCAUCGCUAUUGUUGCUGGCGUUGGCACAUUCUUGGUUGUGUGUCGUUGGGUAUCCAAGGCAUGGGCCUGGUACCAGAUUCUCGACUCGUUUAACCUGUGGGCUUUUUGGUGACGCUGCAUUCUUGGACAACGGACUGAUGGUGGCUUGGUGA